UAGAUGAUCCUUCGUAUUCCCUUCCAACCCAAACCCAUUCUUUGAUUCUAUGAUUGGAGCCAGUCUAAUCCUUUGGAAGUCCAUGUUUGGUGGAAAGAGGACCUUUCUCCUGGGUGAAGGCUGCAACCAGCUCAGCAUCCCUGCAAGUGCUUGUUUGAGAUGCAUAGAAAAGGGGAGGGUAAUAUCUACCUUUUCCAGCAUGCACAGAAGCACUAGCUCCCUGCCUGGGACUGGUUUGCUGGCUCCAUAGGAUGCUCAAGAUAAACCGAUUUAGCUUGGCUGGGUUUCAACUUCGCAGAGGGCGCUCCCAGGACCUGAUGGAUUUCUGAUACCUCGCUCCUGAGGGGCUGGAAGGAGCAUGGUUAAACACCAACCGCUGCAGUACUACGAGCCACAGCUAUGUUUGUCCUGUCUGACGGGGAUCUACGGCUGCCGCUGGAAACGGUACCAGCGGUCACAUGAUGACACCACCAAGUGGGAGCGCCUGUGGUUCCUCAUCCUCACCUCGUCCUUCUUCCUGACCCUGGUCUGGUUUUACUUCUGGUGGGAGGUUCACAAUGACUACAAUGAAAUCAACUGGUUUUUAUAUAACCGAAUGGGAUAUUGGAGUGACUGGUCCAUUCCAAUCCUUGUAACAACUGCUGCUGGAUUUAUCUACAUUACAGUGUUACUGAUACUAGCACUAUGUCACAUAGCUGUGGGACAGCAAAUGAACUUGCACUGGCUUCACAAGAUUGGCCUGGUGACAACCUUGAUAACUACCGUGGUGACCAUGUCAUCGAUAGCACAGCUUUGGGACGACGAGUGGGAGAUGGUAUUUAUUUCACUGCAAGCCACAGCCCCUUUCUUGCACAUAGGAGCUCUUGCAGCGGUCACGGCCCUGUCGUGGUUGAUAGCGGGGCAGUUUGCACGAACGGAGAAAGCCACUUCUCAGAUGCUGAUGGUCACUGCAUACCUCGCAGUUGUAGUUGCACUUUACCUCGUCCCCCUCACCAUCUCGUCCCCUUGCAUCAUGGAGAAGAAGGCUCUGGGACCAAAGCCAGCCAUUAUAGGUCACCGUGGAGCACCGAUGUUGGCACCAGAAAACACCCUGAUGUCCUUCCAGAAGGCGGUGGAGCAGAAGACAUAUGGAGUCCAAGCUGACGUUGUACUGAGCUAUGACGGAGUGCCAUUUCUGAUGCAUGACAAGACACUCAGGAGAACAACAAACGUGGAGGAAGUGUUCCCAGAGCGGGCCUACGAGCACUCCUCCAUGUUCAACUGGACUGACCUGGAAAAGCUCAACGCUGGAGAGUGGUUCCUACGGAAUGACCCUUUCUGGACGGCCGGGUCUCUCUCAAGGUCUGACUACUUGGAAGCUGCCAACCAGUCAGUCUGCAAGCUGGCAGAUAUGCUAGAGGUGAUCAAGGACAACACAUCGCUCAUCCUGAACUUCCAGGACCUGCCACUGGCUCAUCCCUACUACAGCACUUACAUCAACAUCACCCUGGAAACCAUCCUGGUGUCGGGAAUUCGGCAACACGCUGUGAUGUGGCUGCCGGACACGGAGAGGCAGCUGGUCAGAGAGAUUGCGCCGGGUUUCCAGCAGACUUCUGGCCUCAAGCUGGACGCAGAGCACAUGAGGGAGAAGGGCAUCGUGAAGCUCAACCUGCGUUACACCAAGGUCACGAACGAGGAUGUCAGGGACUACGCCAUGGCAAACCUGAGCGUGAAUCUCUACACUGUGAACGAGCCCUGGCUAUACUCCAUCCUGUGGUGCGCCGGCGUCCAGUCGGUCACCUCCGACAGCUCCCAUGUCCUUCGCAAGGUGCCUUCUCCCAUCUGGCUAAUGCCUCCAGACGAGUACCACCUAAUCUGGAUCACAUCUGAUCUCAUUUCAUUUAUCGUAAUUGUAGGAGUUUUUAUAUUCCAGAACUAUCACAUGAUCAGGUGGCGCCUAGGAAGCAUCAGGACCUACAACCCGGAGCAGAUCAUGCUCAGUGCUGCUGUCCGCCGGUCUAGCCGGGAUGUCAAGAUCAUGAAGGAGAAGCUGAUCUUCUCGGAGAUCAACAACGGCGUGGAGACCACGGACGAGCUGUCUCUCUGCUCCGAGAACGGCUAUGCCAACGAGAUGGUCACCCCCACGGGUCAUCGGGACACCAAGCUGAGGAUGAACUGAGGGGCUCGGGUCCGACCCUGGCGUGGGGUGUCCCCCACCUUCUCUCCAGCAGCGAGAGCCGUGCUCUCCUGCUCGCUGCGGGAUGGGAACCUGUGAGGAACUGCUGGUCGGGCAGAGACCCCUUCCCAUUCCCCAUCGCCGGCUGCUCCACCUCCCUGGUUGUGAGGUUGGAGGGGCUUAUUUUUGUAAAUAUGUAGAAAAUCUGAAUUAUUAUUUUUUUGUCUCUUUUGGAUUUUUUUUUUUUGAGUGUCAUGGUUUUUUUCCAGGGCAUGAGUGGAAAUACUGUGUUCAUUAAAUCCUCGACCUUAUGGCUGAAGUUAUUUGAAUCUUGACGUGAAGCCUGAGUCCCUGUUGGGGGGGGGUUUGGGAAAAACACACUGGACGUGUCUCCCUUUUCCCCCCCUUGCCCUGCUCCCCCCCUUCCCUUGGUGCGGUGACUGUGUAGCUGAAUGUUGUGAUGUUCUCGUGAAGUGACGUUUUUGUUAUGUUGGGGUUUUUUGGGGAUUUUUUUUUUUUGGUUCCCCCCUCUUUUCCCCCUUUCCUGGGCAAUGAAGUUUUAGCUCUAGAGCAACAGGGGGGGCUUGUUUGGAGGAGAGAAGCUUUCCUUAGGAGAGGAGAUAGCACUGCUCUUCCCCGCUGAAGUUCAGAGCCAGGGAAGUGGUUGCACUGGCUCAGUCACUUGGGCACCUUCUCCAUGUCCUGUCCUCCUUCCCAAAGCCUGGCUGCUGGCAGGGGAAUGGCCUUCUGGAAAUGUUCUGCCACAGUCUUGAGGGCAAAUCCUGAGCGUUGGCUGUAGACUGGCCUCUGCUGGCAGCAAUGCUUUCAUUUUUUUGUUCCGUCCCUCCCUCCCCCCCAUUUUUUCUUUCUUUCUAUCUCUUCUCCCUGAGUUGGGCUCUGUCAGGAGCCCGGGUGGCUUGCAAAAAGCAACGCCAUGGACACCAUCACCGCUCAGAUCUGGCUAAAGUGCCUGCCACUUCCAGUGGCGUUCGGAGUCGCUCCUCGCUGCCCUGUCCUUGCACCCGCGUUGGAAGAGGAGGUGGUGGUGCAGGGUGAGCUUCCACCUCUCUGGGGCCAAGGAGAUGCCUGUGGGUGAAGGAGUUGUAAAUAGUUUGGAAGGUGGAGCAGCCCCGGAGUGUAAUUUAUUCCUGCAAGGAGACCUUUCCUCCUUGCUUUAUAAGUGGGAUCUUUAGAAGCUGCAUGUUCACGUCCUCCAAAGGAGUGACGGUCUUGCAGCAGAUGCUGACAGGCUCAUGAAGGCAAGAGCUCUCAUCUGCGUGUUUCCAAUGCAAAAGGCUUUAAACCAAAACCCUAGACCAGGAGUUAAAAGAGAAAAAAAAAAAAAAAAAUCAAGCACCCAAAUAAAACAAAACUCAGAAACCAA